CAUUAUCACAAAUCGUCAACAGUAUGGACGAUGGUACCAGAUGGUACUAAUCAAAACAAAUCACGGCUAAGUACCUACCUAUUAUUAUUAUAUCCUUUCGUUAUCAAUACUGAAUCAAUAGGUACAAUAAGUGUUUAUCUAAAGCCGCAGAAACGCGUCCGCGUCGCUUACGCACACCCGCGUCGUCGCCGUCGCUUACGCACACCCGCUCCUGUACAAUUGACAAAAACCUCUUUCCACUCGAAAAUCUUUUUCUUUCUUCUUUUUAUUACAAUAUUUAAUACUCAUAUUGGUUAUUACUCUCAAAGGUGAAAAGGUUCACCGAAAAUUAAAUCACAAGGAGGCCGAUUUACCUAUACUACUCGCGAGGAACUGUGUAAAUUAUCAUUUUCAAACUUCAAUCUUUAUGUGGAAAACUUAUAUAUGUAGAUAAUAUGUUAUGUAGAAGGAAAUAUUAAGCGACCAAUUGUGGUGAAAAAAAGGAGUUGACUAAUCCUCUUUCUCGUGUUGAUGGUUUUAUUCGCCUCAAAUUAAGUAGGUACUCGUGUGUCCGUAAUACAAUUGGAGAUGGCGGCAGACACGGAGACGGAAGUGCUGCGGAAGUAUUACUCCGACAGCGACCACCUGAGUUCUCCCGAGGGGGUUAUGAAGCUGAUCGCUAUCCUGGGCUGCCUUUGUUCAGCCGUGCUGUUCCUGGCGGGCGGGGGCUGCGCGGGCGCGAUGGGGCUGGCGGCGGGCGGCGCUAGCGUCGCCUUCAUCACUGCUGGACUGUUGGCUGUACAGCUAACGGCGACGCUACUCGGCGCGCCACUGUACGCGCCGCAAGUGUGGCUCUACUCCGAUGUGGUGGGCAGCUCGGUCCUCGGCGCGCUGCUGGUGCUAAACGGCGCGCUCAGCGUGACGCUAUGCGAGCUGCGCGGCUUUGUCAGCUAUGUGCACGCUCCGCUAGCAGCGUGCAACGCGGCACUAGUCGUCGGUGGUGCCGUGGUGACAUACGCGGCGGUGACGCGACGAUGGGACGAGGCGCGCGGGCCGGCGUGGGAGCCGCGUCGUGAGCCUCCACAGGACGUUGAUGUCUGACAGGGCGCACACCUCGGCCGCGUGCAAGAUACUCGUAUUAGUUAGCCCGCCUGGGAGCUGCAGCGAGCCUCAACAGAAUAUGUCUGGCAAAUCACCGAACCACGAGUGCAGUGGCAGGAGCUGUAAGUUGCAAGGGAACGCGCUCAUUACAUAUGAGAUGCCCGAGACGCGACGACGGCAGUUUGAACUUUUAUAGUGUUUAAUGAAUGACUUACAGAAUGUGUACCUAGUGAAAGUGAAACAAACUCUUCUAAGUAUUACCUACCUAGUAUAUAAUUAAGUUUAAGUAGUUGGUUAGGCUUGUUAAGUGUAUAUCAAUAAACUUCACUGCAGCUGGAGAUAGCGCAUUCGAUUAGGAAUGUAUCUAUUAGCACGUACUAGUACUCGUACCUACUCUCAAUACUUUAUUACGCUAAUUUAUUGUAGGGAAGGGAACUACUACAAUAGUGCCUGCUUGCGUUAAGCAACACUAGACAGUACCUACGCAGGUGGGUCCACUGUGACUAGAAUAGUAAUGUGGGUGAAGUGAAUACCAAACUACUGUUACCACUUUUAAUAUUCUUUUAUGAAAAAUUUGUACAUGUGUUAUAUAACAAACAAUAAAAAAUAUAACAAUACCAACACCUAAUGCUUAUUAUUUCUAAAUAAUUGAACUGGAAAUACUUUAUUCAUAAGAGCUAUAAUAAUUCAUUUAAUGUUCAAUUUAUGGCCUGUAAUAUUUGAGUUUUUUCAUUAUAAUUACUGUUUAAUUUAUCUGUUAAUAAUCUAUUUUUAAUUGAAAUUGGAUACCCCUUUCACAAAAAUGCAAAUUUGAAAGCUGUUAUAUAGCCACCAGAUUAUAUAUAUCAGUCUUUUAUAUACAUAUUUACCUUUUUAUUGCACUUUUCAUAUUUCCAAAAGAAGUAAGUAGGCCAAUCCAUGGUAUAAUAAUAUACUCCGCC